UUCUUCCAAACAUGUCUUUUCCAGAGUCAACCAGUCCUUCUAAUGAAGAAGAGGCUUUCUACAUGCACUGCAGAGCCGCAUACAUCUCUGUGUUCAGAUCUAGUUUGAUAAAUAUCGCCUCCAAACAGCAACUAUGUCGGGUUCUCCAGCAGGCUGGUAGAAAUCCAUCCCUAGCAACUCUCAGCAAAUACUGGACCCCGACAACAUCCAAACUGAACUUCGAUGACUUCUGUGAGAUUCUCAAGCGUGAGAAAAAAACUGAGGAAACUGAGCUGCUGAGGGCCUUCAAAAAGAUGGAUGUGAACAGUGAUGGCUACAUCUCUCACAGUGAACUGGAGAAGGCCCUUACUACUAGGGGAGAGAAAAUGACCACUGAAGAGGUGAAUGCAAUUUUCUCAUUACUGGACAUCAACAAAGACGGGAAACUGGACUAUUCAGAAUUCUGCAGAGUGUUUGUGUCUACGGUGGAGCAGUGUCAGGCAGCUGUUUUGGAGAGGCUUGAGGCUAACGCCAAGCUGAAGAGACAGAACUUUGGCAGUCAGUCGUACAGCCCUCCAAAGAGCUCUGUGUCAUCAGCAUCACCAGCUGUAGAAUCGCAAGCGGCAGCGGCUCUUCCUCAGCCUCCAGAAACUCCGCGGGCAGACUCAGACACAGCACUCAAGAAAGACAGCCGAUCAUCCUCCCGUCCUUCUUCUGCUCGCAGCAGGCGGUCGUCCCUGUCGAACCCGAUCACUAUGACAUCCAGCAGCGCGAAGGCCAGCAAAAUACAAGAGCCCUCAGGCUUACAGGAGUGGCAUCACAGUUACGUGAAGGGCUGUUUCUACUUGGAGCAUGAUGGGAGUGUGAGCUCUCUGCAGUACCAACUCCACAUCCCCCAGACAACCAACGUCUACCUAACAAUCCAACCACUCGGCCUCAGCCACAGACCCGACAAGCCUUCAUCGUGGAUAACAGUGGACACGGCUCUUUUUGUCACAUCAGCUGGUGAAACCAAAGACGACUCAACUUUAGUGUGUUUCACUGAGUCAAAAGACAGAGAGAAGUACAUUUGGAGAGGAGAGUUGAAUGCCGGGACUUACUUCCUGUUUCCCUUCACUAGCGGCUGCAGACUAAGGAAAAGGAGCAAAAAGAGCGUUUGUAAUAAACCUGUCGAGCUUGUCUACAGGACUGACAGUGGGGAACUGGACCUCACCAGAGAGCUCAGGGAGGUGCUGUCUGACAUCUUUGAGGUGAUAGACAUUGACGGAAAUGGUUUGCUCAGCUUGGAGGAGUACAAUUUCUUUGAGCUGAGGAGCAGUGGAGAGAAAUGUGACAGGGAUGCCUGGGCAGUCUGCAAGGAGAACUUUGAUAUGAGAAAGAACCAGCUGACACGGCAAGGCUUCAUGGAGCUGAACCUGAUGGAGGCCACAGAGAAAGAUGGAGACCCUGCUGACCUGUGGGUCACUCUGGAAGCCAUGGGCUACAAUCGAAUGCUGGAGCUGGUAAAUGCUUGUCCAUUUCAGAUAGACGUACACUGUGAAGGUACUCAGCCAUCCAUCCAGCCACUCACGAUGGACUCGGGGUCCAAGCUUCUGAACCAGGCUAUCCAGAAGUCUAUCACAGCUCGGACAGGGGCCAAAGCACUGAGGGGACAAGACAACGUCUUCAUCUACACCUACCGAGGAGAACACAGAAUCUCCUCUCUCAUAGCCAACAAGAACAACCAGAAAGUGACUGUCCAUGUAAGCAAUGAGCAGAGCAGGAACUGCUGCACCAGCAGAGGCCUGAGUGUUUUUGCUGUCGAGGUGCCAGCCAGGACUAAGAUGGUGUGCCAACAUGUCCUGCCUAUUAAUGAGAGACAGGAUUGGACUUACAACUGUCUGGAGACCAUACUGCCCUGCACGUAAAGCUGUGCUCCCAUCAGUCAUUUAAAGCCUGCUUGUACUGGUGAUACUGAGAAGUGAUGGGCCACAGAUAUUCAUAAAAGACUGGAUUUAAUUGGGAUACACAGUCCAGAAGGAACACUACCGAAUCAUUUCAACUUUUAAAAGCUUUGAUCAAAGCUUACCUUUGUGUCUCAUAAAGCCUGAAAUAUCAGACUGCGACACCAGGGGCUGAGACCUUCUGCCACUGUGACCUGCUCAGUGCCAGAGAUGGUCACUGUAGUCAUCAAGUAAAGCAGAUAAAGGUUGCUUCUGUUUGUUUUGGUUUUUUUGUUGUGCCUUUAUAUUCAUAAUAUACUUUGGUUAAUGUAGAGAAAUGUAUGUAUCACAAUUAAGGUUCUUCAACAACAUCCUAUCACAAAUAAAUGAUUUUUAGCUUUGUCAUGUCACUGUAUACAGUCAUGUAAUUAUAAAGGCUGAAACAAAUGUUUUUAGAUUUUCAGAUUUUACUUUUGAUAUGUUUUUUUUUUACUUUGGAAGAUACUUUUCAUCGUGUAUAUGUAAAUAUAAUUAUAAUAUUUAUAUCGCAGAUGUUCCUUGAUGUCCUUUCAGUAUGCCACACAUGAAGCUCUUGUUUCAAGAGAAAAUGCAUGAAAUAAAGGCUGAUGCUCUCCUGUUUCACUGUGACUUUUAGUUCCUGU